AUGGAUGGAUUUAAGCACAGAGCUGGAGAAAAAAUUGAUGCUCUUCACGAUGCUGCAGUAGUUGCCGCUUCAAACAGUAAAGUUCGUUUGGAAAGUGUUUAUCAGCAAACAACAGAUGCUAUACUGAAGAUCCGUGAACUCUUUAAUGAGAUCUGGCAUCAUGAGUUAGUAACAGAGGGUCGGGCAAGGGCUGUGGACUGGGGUCGUGAAGCAGCCAAGCGCAUACGAGAAGGGGCUCUACCCUUAUCACCCGCCGUGCUGUAUCAGGAGCUGGUUACUUUAUUAAAAGAUAGAGUAUGGCGUCGCAGCAUGAUAAUAUUUGCAUGUGGAGCAGUGCUCGGUGGCAGUACGGGGCUGGUGAUAGGGCUUCGCACUGCGACCCGAAGCCCUAGUGGGCCCCACGCGAGGGCCCUACAGACACAAGCAGACCAGAGUGUUAUACUUGUCGAGGAUGCUGUUUCCCAUGGUGCGGGUCCGGGCGAAGUCCUAGUCAGAGUGCAGGCCUUUUCGGUGUCAACGAUAGACCGCAGCGUACUGAGGGGUAGGGCUUCGGCCCUACGGUCUCUCGUUACUCGCUCGCAGGUCACUGUCGGGAGAGGCUUCGCUGGCGUAGUUCUAGACGUCGGCCAAGGCGUAACAGAAUUCGAAAUGGGUGACGAAGUUUGGGGAUGUCUUAGCGAAUGGAGUGGAGGGGCUGCUACCGAACUACUGGCUGUGAGAAGUUCGCGUAUAAGCAAGCGUCCGCGUACGUUGGGCGCGGACUCGGCGGCGUCCCUCCCUUGGGCGGGGUCCCUCGCUCUCAUCGCUCUGGACGCCUUGCGAAUCACUCCCGACUCUUGCAAGGGCAAGCGCGUGCUCGUAGCGGGUGCGGCGAGCGGCGAAGGCUGUGCCCUGAUCCAGCUGCUGGGGUGCUGGGGAGCUCGGACCUCUGCCGCUGCACCCAGGCAUUCCAGGGACACUCUGAGGAACUUAGGUGCCCAAGACUUCAUGGAGCUGGAAGGCCAGAACGAGCACUUGGCCGCCUCUUGGCUGGUGGUGGAACAGCACGCGAGUCGCACCGGGCCGUGGGACGCUUGCAUCGCUUGCGCCGGGGCGCCGCCCAACCGCCCGCCCUACAACACUUUGCUCAACACGGACUGUGUGGUUUAUGUGGAAUCACAAGAAAAUGAGAAGUUAGGGAACAAAAAUCCCAUCACAUUAACGAAACUAUUUACGGACAAUGAUAAAGGAAUAGAGGGAGAUCAUCGAGUGAAUGCUCACAGAAUAGGCAUCACUUUCAAAAAACCAGCACCACUAGGGCCACACAAGCUUAAAGCUUCUGUUCCAGCUCACUUGACCGAAACAAUGGGCGUCAUACGAUAUGUGCCCAAGGAGCUAACGUGCGGACAUAUACAAGAACAUCAUGUGCGACACGCCACAGCAAAUUCUCUUAUUACUCUGGAAUAUGGGGUUAAGUACAUGAAAAGGUUCAAGAGAAUAGAUUCAUGUAAUGAUAGAUUUUUCAAUGAUGAAUGGGUGGCUUCAUUCCUAGAUAACAGCUCUGAUUCAAAUCAAAUAAAUUUAAACAAUGAUUUACUGUACAAGUUAGAAAAGCAUGUAGAAUUUGUAUGGGUACCCUUCCACAGUAGUAUAACUGGAAAUGAGGUUGUGGACGAGGCGACUCGUCGGGACCAAGGUGAUGAUUUAACAGAUUCUUUCAAAGUGCCUUUCACAGACGAUUUAUUAUACGCAGAUAAAGAUUAA